GCGAGUACACAGAGCGAACCGGCUCCCGUCGGAGGCCGAGUCGUCGCGGCGGUCGCCCCCUCGGCUGCUCACCGGCUGCGUCGCCGCCGGGCUUGUCGCCAUGAGUCAGAGGCAGGUGCUGCAAGUGUUCGAGCAGUACCAGAAAGCCCGGACCCAGUUCGUGCAGAUGGUGGCGGAGCUGGCGACCAGACCCCAAAACAUCGAGACGCUGCAGAACGCGGGUGUGAUGUCUUUGCUGAGGCCUCUUCUUCUGGACGUGGUCCCAACAAUUCAACAGACGGCUGCGCUGGCUCUUGGGAGACUGGCUAAUUAUAAUUAUGACCUAGCAGAAGCAGUUGUGAAGGGCGACAUUCUUCCACAGCUUGUUUAUUCGUUGGCAGAACAGAAUCGGUUUUACAAGAAAGCAGCGGCCUUUGUGUUACGAGCAGUGGGUAAGCACUCCCCUCAGCUGGCUCAGGCGAUCGUGGAUUGUGGAGCCCUGGAUACACUGGUGAUAUGCCUGGAAGAUUUUGACCCCGGAGUCAAGGAGGCCGCAGCGUGGGCACUGGGAUACAUUGCAAGACACAAUGCAGAACUGUCACAAGCUGUGGUGGACGCGGGAGCAGUUCCUCUGUUAGUACUCUGUAUCCAGGAGCCAGAAAUUGCUUUGAAAAGGAUUGCUGCUUCGGCCCUCAGUGAUAUUUCAAAGCAUUCUCCAGAGUUAGCCCAGACCGUGGUGGACGCGGGGGCUAUUGCUCACUUAGCCCAGAUGAUCCUGAACCCCGAUUCCAAAUUAAAGCGUCAGAUCCUUUCAGCGCUCAGUCAGAUCGCGAAGCACUCCGUGGACCUGGCGGAGAUGGUGGUCGAGGCAGAGAUUUUCCCAGUUGUUCUCACCUGCCUGAAGGACAAAGACGACUACGUGAAGAAGAAUGCUUCUACUUUAAUUAGGGAGAUAGCAAAACAUACACCUGAGCUUUCCCAGCUGAUAGUGAACACGGGAGGAGUGGCAGCCGUGACCGACUGCAUCGGGUCCUGCAAAGGAAACAUAAGGCUGCCUGGCAUCAUGAUGCUGGGCUACGUGGCGGCUCAUUCUGAGAACCUGGCGAUGGCAGUGAUCAUUUCCAAGGGCGUGCCCCAGUUGUCGCUCUGCCUGUCCGAGGAGCCGGAAGAUCAUAUUAAGGCCGCUGCCGCCUGGGCCUUGGGACAGAUUGGGAGACACACCCCCGAGCACGCGCGGGCCGUCGCUGUCACAAACACGCUGCCUGUUCUACUCUCGCUGUACAUGUCCACGGAGAGCUCGGAGGACCUUCAGAUAAAAAGUAAAAAAGCCAUAAAGAAUAUCCUACAAAAAUGCACCUAUUUACCAGCCCUCGAGCCAUUUCUGUACGACGCACCUCCCAACAUACUGAAGCACGUGGUUGGACAAUUCAGUAAGGUACUGCCGCAUGACAGCAAAGCUCGACGGCUUUUUGUAACCAGCGGUGGGCUGAAAAAGGUUCAGGAGAUAAAGGCAGAACCCGGCUCUCUCCUUCAAGAAUACAUCAACAGUAUUAACAACUGUUACCCGGAGGAGAUAGUAAGGUAUUAUUCCCCUGGAUAUUCAGAAACACUUCUGCAGAGAGUGGACAGCUAUCAACCACUUACUAACUAAGCCAAGUUCUAAUUCACAGCAGAGUAUUUUGAAUGAUAGUUGUUAAAGUUCUUUCCAAAUACUUGAACCAAGUACAUUCUAGACUUAUUCAGUGUGAAAUAGCUUUGGAUAAUAUUUUCUAAAUUUCUGUAAAAAGAUUAGCGGCCUGAAUAAAUGAGGAACUGUUGUUCAUUUGCAUAGGAUUUGUUCUAGGGGUGAAUUGUAAAAAGACAUUCAAAGGGGUUAAGGCUUUUGUUAUUGUUCUAUUAACCAUCCCCGGCUCGCAAACACACACCCCCCCAACUAGACAUAGACGAACAAUGAUGUUGAAAACUCUUAGUUAUUUUGGCCAGUUCCUCCUAGACACAGGCAAGGAAAACUGACCUUGCAAAUUCCCCAGGAGGACACUGAAGGGAAAUGUCACAAGAGGAAACUGAUGACAGAAGUAUAAGGCACUUGAGACUCUGAUGCUCUUUACAUAAAUGCAUUAACCCAACAUUUGGAAUCUAUGGAUGACCCAUCAGGCUUUCCUAAUAACUGAGGAAGCUCUCCUCCUCUUGAUGCCAAAUCUUCUAAGCUCUUUUCUCACCUCACCAAAAAUGGCUCCUUACCUUUCAUGGAGCUGGAGAGGGAGGAAGUCACUGUUAAGCAUUAUUCCACCGCAGACAUGCUUCCCAUUUCAUUGAAAGGCUCCUGAGUUCAGCCCUGCUCGCGAAUAAACAAGUAAGCAGGCAAGUAAAGUGGGUCCUUUGUGUACCCUGUCCUGGCUUCACUUCCCCAAGUUCUAAAAUCACAUUUCCAGGGAUUUAAAAAAUAAUGUACAAAGAAUACCACCAGGCUUAGACUUUGCAUGCAUCUUCACUUAGGGUGCUGAAAGGGGGUGAGAGGGAGUUUCAAUUAAAUUUUAAAUAAAAACAAGAGAAUUGUC